UUCCCCUUCACUGCUGUCACUGUGAAGAGUGAAGAUGAUGAAGAGGAAGCUCAGUGCUCACAGCUUCAUCAGAGCCAAACUGAGGAGAACAGAGAGGCAGAGCCUCCAGCCAGCAGCUCCACUGAAAACAGACUCACCUCCAGCUCUGCUGAGACCAAAUACAUGGUUUUUGAGAGUUGCCUCCUCAAGCUUUUUGAGACCUGCCCUGUGUGCUGUCGAGCAUGUGACAUCCGCCAAAAAAAACACAGAACUUUCUUGGCAAUUGACCAACUCUGCCCACAUUGUCACUUCUUAAGACAGUGGAAGAGCCGGCCUGAGACUGAUGACAGUGAUGACUGGGAGGAGAGCAGAGAGCCUCAGUCAGGUUCAAACCCACAGAGUGAACUCCUUUUCAGUGAUGAUGGAUCUGAUGAUGCAGAGAAACCAUCUUCCUGCUCUGUGAACAAGAACAUGACACAACACAUGAUAAGCCAUAAGGGAAAGAAACCAUUCAGCUGCUCAGUCUGUGGUAAAGGUUUUUCACGGAAGAGUCACCUAAACACACACACACGAGGCCACACAGGAGAGAAACCAUUUAGCUGCUCACGCUGCGGUAAGGCUUUUACACAGAAAGAACACCUUAAAAACCACACACGAAUCCACACAGGAGAGAAACCGUUCAGCUGCUCGGUCUGUGGCAAAGGUUUCAUACAGCAACAGGGGCUAAACACACACAUGCGGAUUCACACGGGCGUGAAGCCGUUCAGCUGCUCGAUCUGCGGGAAACGUUUUGCACAGAAACAAAACUUCAACACACACAUGGCGGUCCACCCAGGAGAGAAACCGUUUAGCUGCUCGAUCUGUGGCAAAGGUUUUACACACAAAUGUUACUUCAACACACACAUGAGCAGCCACACGGGAGAAAAACCGUUUCGCUGCCCGGUCUGCGGUAAAGGGGUUGCACAGAAACGGGACCUAAAGUCACACAUGCGAGUUCACACAGGCGAAAAACCGUUCAGCUGCUCGGUCUGUGGUAAGAGUUUUGCACAUAAACACCACUUCACCAUCCACAUGAGGGUCCACACAGAGGAGAAACCGUUUGGCUGCUCAGUGUGCGGUAAGGGUUUUAUUGAUAAAAAUGGAUUAAAACAACACAUGCUAGUCCACACAGGAGAGAAACCAUUUAUCUGCUCCGUCUGCGGUAAAGGUUUUACAUGGAAAAGUCACCUCAACACACACAUGAGAAUUCACACGGGAGAGAAGACGUUUAUCUGCUCGGUCUGCGGGAAAGGUUUUGCGCGGCAAAGUCAAGUUAAUAUACACAUGAGAAUUCACACAGGAGAGACACCGUUCAGCUGCUCCGUCUGCGGCAAACCUUUCAGUGAUAAAAGUAACUUGAAUAGACACAUUAGAGUCCAUACAGGAGAGAAACCCUUCAGCUGCGGCGUGUGUGGGAGAAGUUUCAGCACGAAUCAACAUGCUAGAAUGCAUAAGUGUGUGUCUGACAGCAGCAGCAGGUGAGGCUGCAGAGCGUCAACAGGACCGCAUCAACUCUGCAUGCUGCUCAUACUCAAAUGCAGCUGCCAGUGACAUUUCUGAUCUCCUCAUUCCACUUCUUGACCACUUUGAUCCUCAAAUGUCCAUCUUUUUAUCCAUCUCCCACUCCAACUGGAAAAGUUUUAGACCUGAGCCUCCUAAUCAUUAUCCACAAUUUAUGAGAUUUUCUGAAUCUUUGGACUGUUUGAAGCAGCUUCUGAAAUCCCAUCUUUAUAGGCAAGCCUUUUUCUAAAGAUCUUCUCAGUUUCUCAAUGUUUAAUGUUCUGCAAUUUAAUUUGUUUUAGUUGCUUAUUUAUAAUUUUCAUACGUGUGUGUGUGUGUGUGUGUGUGUGAAGUGCUUUGUAACUGUGUUUGAAAAAGUGCUAUGUAAAUAAAGCUUUAUGUAGUUACAUGUUGUGUUAAU